AUGAAGAUUUUUCCCAUUUCAUACAUCCGGAACCUUAUUCCUAGUGUAAGCUUAAACAAAAUAAAUUCCACACAUUUAUUAAAACAUCUGGAAAAUGUGUGUGAACAUAUAUCCGAAGUGUUAAGUUAUAACAAAGGGGAGAUACCGAAAAGACAAUAUUGUUGUAGGCUUUUAAACAGAAUAGAGAAAAAAAAAAAAAAAAAAAGAAAACUUGUUCCUAUUAAUGGGAUAAUAGAAACAAAUAGAUUAUUUGAACAAGUAUAUGUCCAAUUAGAUAAAGCUAUUGUUCAAUUAGCAGAGUUUGGACCGAGUGGUAUAGUUCGAUUAUUACGAGCAAUGCAAAAAAUAAGAUAUUAUGAUAAAAGGAGAAAGAGACGUAAAAGAAGAAAUAUAUUAAAAUGUAUAGAAUAUUACAUACUACAAAGUUCAGUAAAUGAUAAAGUUUACAAUUUCUGGAAUUAUAUUAAAUUAAAUGAUAUGGUAUUGUUGUACAAAAUGUUUAUUAUGAAUAAUUAUUUUUCUGCCAAAUUACUUAACAAAUUGAUGUUUGAGAUAAUUCAAAAAAGUGAUUUAUGUUUAUCAUCGGAUAUAAUCAUUUUUUUAUGUUCAUAUCAUAUUUAUAAAAAGAAAAUAAAAUGGAUGAAGAAAUACAGGAAAAAUGAAAUUACUAUAUCUUCACAUUGUUUAAGUAAACUUUUUUCUGUCAUUAUGCGUAACAAUUUCGAUCUUACAAAUAAGGAAAUGAGCAAUUUUGUUUCUUUUUAUUCAAUUUAUGGUAGUAUCAUACCCUUGAAACAGAGAGUGGAACUUUAUAACAAGUCGAUCGAAUACAUAGACAAAACACAGUUGACAUACUCUCCCGUGCAUAUAAAAAAUUUCAUCCUCAGUCUCUUUAGAAUUAAUUCCUUUUUUUUUGAUAAAAAAUAUUCAACUAAAUUUGAUGAAUUACCAAAUGCACACUUCCACAUGAAUAUUAUAUGCAAAAGGAAUCAAAUGUUGGUAAAAUUAUUUCAACUUUACAAUAGUAGUAAUACUCAUGCAAAUGUGGAAGAAGAAUUACGCAUCCUUCAAAGUGCAUUAAGAAAUCACUACUACGACUAUGAUAGUUUGGAGGUUAUUCUUUUUCACAUAAAAAUUAAUAUUUCUCAUUUGACACUUAAAAAUCGAAUAAAAUUUAUGCUCUUGAUUUUGAAACUCAAAAAUGUAUACACCAAUGAUGAGACUUGUAGAAAUGCAUACAUUUCUAGUACAAAAAUGAAAUUUAUUCAUCUUAUGUUGGACUAUAUUUUAACUGAAUGUAGUGCCUCUUUCGUUAGAGUCAAAUAUAAAUUUCCACCAUGGAAAUUUAGAGGUCUUCAAUUAUUUCAGCACUUGUCUGUGGGUAUUCAUCAGAAUGGUGCAAAAAUGGAAGUAUGA